AUGCAGCUUCGCGAUAGGAAGUUCAGUGAAUCAAUUGAAACUUACAAAAAGAGCGCCGAGGCAAUUAACCAACUUGAGAUCCAGCACAAGAGCAUCGCGAACGUUGGAGAUCUGAAGCAAGCCUUGAACUUACUGAAGAAAGAUCUCAACAGGAAAAUACGAGAGAUCCAAAUACUCGGGAAGUUCAGCGCUCAGAGCUCCCCCAUUGAAACAAACGACACUGCAUCUCACGAACCUAUGGCAGCAUACAGACUAAGCGGAUUUCAAAAUAAUAUAUUGGCCAUUGUCAGAGGAAAGACAGACCCAAAGUCCGGCGUUUCAGCCUCUGAAAUAGAAAACUCCAUAUCCAAAGAAGUUUCCCAACUUUUCAAAAGCUUUGCUCUCAUAGAUCAGCAGAAAUUCAAAGAGUAUGACAAUAAGGUUGAACAGCUUGUCAGGGAGAAUCGAAAGUUAACCGGGCAAAUUGUGAAACUGAAAGAACGUUGGGAUAGCUUGGUGGAAAGCGCUCGUCAAAAAAGGAACCAACAGAACGAAUAA